UUGAAUGGUAUAAUUUCUUCUGCAAAUCCGAGUCAACAUUUUUUCCUUAAUAAAGAAUCUAUCAAAAAUUAAACACGAUGGAAGAUGAAGAUUUUGUUGAGACCGGUCCAUCUUUACCGCACCUGUUUGGGGUUGUAUCACAUGUCGUGUUGGAAGAUAAAUCAACCAAUUUAAUUGAGCAAUUGGCUAAAAGAAAACGCAACUUGAAACCCAUCAAUGAAUCGUACUCCGAUGAUAAGGAAAGCAUCCGUAAACGAUUAGCAGAAAGUGAUCAAGUAAUUUCGGAGCUGCUCCACGAUGGCCGGGAGCUUAUACAGGACAUUCGCGUUGCAAACGAUAAAAGAGAGGUGGAAAGACGUAUUAAAGAAGCCGAAAUAAGGGAAGAAUUGUUGGAUAAGCUGCAAACGGAGUCGGUGGAGGCCAUCGCAAAAUUUGAAUCAAUUUCCGAAAAAUGGGCUGAGCUGAAGGAGCUGAAGGAUCCAAUGAGCAUCAACGAUGAAUUGGAGCUGCAAAAAGAGCGAAUCAAGGGUUUGAUGAAGCAAAAAGACAUAAUAAUUGUUGAGUGUCGCGAUGAGUUGAAAUUGGCCGACGCACGAUACACAAAAGAUUUGCAUAAGCAAGCGGCUGACAUCCAUUCUUUGGUGGAGCGCGUGGACAGUCAGAUAGAAAUUAUGAAACGAACAUUUAAAGAGCAUCUGGACUUGUUAGAAAACACAAUUGAAGAAGAAAGACACACUUUACGCUCAGUUGCUUCAAAAAAGUGGGAUGAUCUCUAUACAAGACGCGCGGUGAACGAGCGAAUCAAAAUGAAGCAAGAGAAAGAAAGGUCCGAAUUUUUUCGCUACGAAAUUGAUCGUAUUGAACAAGAGCACAUUGAAAUUACACGUGCAACGAGGAUAAGACUCGAGCAAGACAACCAAGCGUUGGAAAUUGAGCUUCAAAAAGUUAAAACGAACACUACUCUCAACUCAGAAAAGCUUGACUAUAACUUUCAAGUGUUGAAAAAACGAGAAGACGAAAACUUAAUGGUGCGAAAUGCGCAAAAACGACGAUUGACCAAGUUGAAUGAAACUAUUUUUUUAUUGAGGAGGAAAAUUAAAGAUGUUCAAAUGAGUUGUCUUAUUGAAACGGAAAAACUUUCAUCAGACAUUUUGAAGCUACGUGCCAAUAUAUCGCAUAUGACUACCAAAGUAAAUACAUUCGCAGAAGUGAACGACAGAAAGUACCAAUGCGUUUGGCAGAUGAAUAAAGACGAAUGCUUGAAUGUCCUUAAAAGCGCCCUGGAGAUCGACCAAAUUCUUGUUGAACAACAUUUGGGAUUAAAAUGGCAAGCCCCAGUUAUUCCGGAUGAGUAUAUUCAAAAACUGUCUGAAAAACGAGAAUUAUUAAGAACUGAUACAUCAUCAGGACAAUCUCCAAAUAGCUUAUCAAUUGUAUCUUUCGACGACAGCAACGAGUGUAACCAAAUUAUAAAUACUUUACAAGUAGUUCUGAAGCAAGCAGGCUUUCUGAUCGAUAAGACUGCCAUAAAAUUGAUCGAGAAAUAUGCAGAAGAAGAAAAGAAUAUUGUCUGUUUGGAUAAUGUGUUCAAUGCAUUAGGCAUUUCAAACUGGGAUGACUUACGCAAACUUAAGGACAGAUUUGAGGAGAUUAUGAAGUGCAGACAAUAUGGUUUGAAUGAUACGAGCUCCAAAACAGAUGACUCAAUCAUGCCAAAGAGUGACUACAGUAUUGAGCAGUUAAAGAUUUUAGAAGAACGUGAUGCAAGUGAAUCGGAAAUAAGCUCUAUUUUGGUUCCUUCUGAAAAACUACGCACCUUAAAAAACUUUUCACAACAGCUAGCCAGUUCAGAAACUAUCGAUCCCCAAUGCAAAUAUGGUGGAUUAUCGAGAACGCUCAUGACUAGAGAAGUGAAAGAUUAUUGGUCCAACAUAAAACAUCUCUUUUCACAAGAUAGAGUAAAAGUAUGGGAUACAAUGGAAAAUAACCUGACGCAUUACUUGAAGGUUUUAAAAGAGCGAAAGAAUCUAGACGAGGAGUGCGAUUUUCUAAGGAAGCAGAAUAUGGAACUAAAUCAUUUGAUGCAAAAACUACAAAAUUCAAAAAUGAAUGGUGUUCAAUAAAAAUCCAGGCGUCAUAUGCAUUUUUUGAUUGGUUCACAAACUUGAAUUAAACUAUUUUCUA